UGCCGUGACCAGGACGAGCUGAGCGGUGCGGCGGCAGUGUGAUGGGGUCGCGGCCGGGCUGGGCGCUCUGACAGCUGGAGCACAGGACGGAUAAGAGACCCAGAGAUCCAGAGACUCUUCAGCACGGAAGACCAUGUUCGCCAAAGGAAAAGGCUCCGCGGUGCCCUCGGACGGGCAAGCUCGUGAAAAAUUAGCUCUGUAUGUUUAUGAGUAUCUGCUGCACGUCGGGGCUCAGAAGUCUGCGCAGACCUUCCUGUCGGAGAUCCGGUGGGAGAAGAACAUCACUUUGGGGGAACCGCCUGGCUUCUUGCAUUCCUGGUGGUGUGUAUUUUGGGACCUAUACUGUGCUGCUCCUGAGAGACGAGACACUUGUGAACACUCAAGUGAAGCGAAAGCCUUUCACGACUAUAGUGCUGCCGCUGCGCCGAGCCCCGUGCUUGGUAACAUUCCCCCCAACGAUGGCAUGCCUGGUGGACAGAUCCCCCCGGGAUUCUUCCAGGGCCCACCUGGCUCCCAGCCCUCCCCUCAUGCUCAAGCGCCACCUCACAACCCUAACAACAUGAUGGGACCCCACACCCAGCCUUUCAUGUCACCGCGGUACGCAGGAGGCCCCAGACCCCCCAUCAGGAUGGGAAACCAGCCUCCAGGAGGAGUUCCAGGUGGCCAGCCUCUGCUCCCCGGUUCAAUGGACCACACGAGGCAGCAAGGACAUCCUAAUUUGGGACCAAUGCAGAGGAUGAACCCCCCCAGAGGAAUGGGCCCCAUGGGCCCAGGACCCCAGUCUGAUCCUUGGUUAUCAUUGCAGAACUAUGGCGGCGGGAUGAGACCUCCACCCAACUCCAUAGGGCCUGGCAUGCCGGGGAUAAACAUGGGUCCAGGGGCCGGCCGACCGUGGCCCAAUCCCAACAAUGCCAACUCGAUUCCUUACUCGUCUUCCUCUCCUGGCUCAUAUGUGGGUCCGCCUGGAGGUGGAGGUCCACCAGGUACACCCAUCAUGCCAAGCCCAGCAGAUUCCACAAACUCCAGCGACAACCUGUACACAAUGAUCAACACGGUGCCUCCAGGAGGCAACAGGACUAACUUUCCCAUGGGCCCUGGCUCCGACGGCCCCAUGGGGGGGAUGGGAGGGAUGGAGCCGCACCACAUGAACGGAUCGUUAGGGUCAGGUGACAUAGACGGACUUCCCAAGAAUUCUCCCAACAACUUAAGUGGCAUUAGCAAUCCGCCCGGCACUCCACGAGACGAUGGAGAACUGGGGGGGAACUUCCUGCACUCCUUCCAGAAUGAGAACUACUCCCCCACCAUGACGAUGAGUGUGUGAUGCCCCCUGCCCCACUCAGGACACAGCAACACACUCUGAUGUCCUCCAGAAGAUCCAGGAACACGUGCAGGGAGCAGCCACGCUCGGUGACAAACCGAGAGGGUCCCUCAGUUUAGUUUCAUGCAGUAAUGGCAAGUGACACCAACGGCUGUUGAAGAUGAUACUUACUAUGAAAUUCAAGUGGUUGGACUUUAGAUCCAAAAAACAUGAAGGAUACCCCCCUCCCAGCUCAUGACACAAAACCAGCUUCAUAAAGGACUGGAUAUGUAAAGAACUUUUUUCCCUUACAAGAAAGUCCCAGGCCCUCGUAGCUUUCAUCCUUGGAAGUGUAUUUGUGGUGCCUGCACUGAUUCCAGUGCAGAAAAUGAAAAUGAUCCUGUAUAUUUCCUAAACUGGACAAUACACUCAUGCACUGUGGACUGGAUUUCAAGACAAAUGGCGCUGUAAGGUCUCCCCCCCAUUUUAUUUUAUUUUUUUAUUUUUUUUUGUUCUUAAAGGCUUGUUCAUCUAGCUACAAAAUGUCUCAGCAAACUUUUCUGACUCAAUAUACCGUGGAACUCUCAGAAGAUGCCUUGAACUUGGUGGACCUCUUACUACUUUAAUCUUAUUUUUUUUUCAUUUUAAUUUUUUAACUGAACUGGCAGAUCCAGUGGGCUGGAGAGAGCCAGAGAGAAACUGUUGCUUUUAUUGGGUGUAAUUAAUUUUUGUUUGAUUUCUUAAUCUCUUUCAAAUGAUAGAAGUAGCUACUCGAGAGCCCUCCUGCAAGUCUCAGCGUAAGGCGUACGGUAGGUUUUUACGUUGGUAAGGACAAUCCGAAGAGAAGGAUCAGAUGCACAGAACGAAGAGCAUGUUUUUGUGAACCUCCUCAGACAGCACCGGUUGAUGCUUUCAGCGACUCCUCCACAAGCCUGCAUUGACUUGUUGUUACAGGGGGAAUAUAUUUAUUUGGGUAAAGGCCAACGUGGAGUGGGCGAAUUUAUUCCUGCACUGCGUUUUGUGUCAGUUUUCAUUUGUGUAUUAAAAAUGUAAAUGACUGCUGUUGUGUAGACAUGCUGUUUAAAAAGAAAAUAAAGACGAAAAGGAAAAAAAACACAAAACAAAUACAAAAAAAAUCUAUAAAAAAAAAAAAAACGCUCCGUGAUGCCAGACAUGCAGGCAGCUGUACAGCGAUAUACGGUGUGGAGAUACAGCUCUGUGCACCACACUUUACCUGUAGAUGGUCUCUUUUAUAAGCCCACUUCUAUUAAAAAUGUACCAUGUAAUGUAUAAAGUAUGGCUUGCCUCGGCAUAACUUUGUGCUGGUUGUUGGACAUUGUAGCAGUUUCUGUGUUUCUUACCAUGUAGUCUGAUUAUAAUGAAAAAAUGGAUACAUUGUAGUUCAAUAUUUGUUAAUGUUUUAUCAAGGGAUUUUCUUUUUCUCCUCGAAUCUGCAUUUGCUUAUUUUCUUUUGUUCCGCUUGGCUGUUACGUGCUGCACUUCAUUAAGUGUAAAUCAUACUUUUUUUAAGUGAAAUUUUCAAGACGUGUAUUUAUGGAUUUUCUUUGACGUGGCUCGAGAUGUGUAGUCUAGGGUUACAAAAAAAAAAAAAGUGUGGUAGACAUAGAAGUGCAGAAA